GACAAGAGGAAGAGAGGGAAAACAGGCUGAUGUGUGUGCGUCUAAAGUCAGAGCUGGGUGGGUCUACGGCCGUUCACAUUUUCCAAAUAACUUCCAGGGCUGUGCGUUUGAGCGCUUUCAGAGGGUCACAAUGUUGAUGCUGGCUGGAAUUGUUGUUGUGCAUCUCACCGCCAUUAUCCUGCUCCUGGUUGCUACUAUUGAUAAUGCCUGGUGGUUGACUGACACCGUGUCGACUGACCUGUGGGGAAGAUGGGAGCUGGUCAACUCAGCCUGGCAUUACACCAACCUCAAAGACUUUCCCGAGGAGUACCUCCAGGCGGUGCAGGCGACUUCAGUGCUGGCAUGCAUCUUCGCCAUCCUGGCCCUGUUUGUCUUUGUGGCUCAGCUCUUCACUCUGCCCAAAGGCCAGCGCUUCACCUUCACUGGCGUUUUACAGCUGCUCGCCUGUCUGUGUAUAAUGAUAGCAGCCUCAAUCUACACCGCCACGUUCCACAUUGACGAAAACGGAGGAUAUGGACACUCCUACAUUCUGGCCUGGAUCUCCUUUGUCCUCACGCUGCUUUUAGCCAUCACCUAUCUCGUCCUGCGGAAAAAGAGCGAGUAAGAGGAAAGGGAGAAGUGAGGUUCUGGGAUCACAUUCCUUCUUAAUUGGGACACUCAACAAGUUUCCUCGAAAUAUAUGCUGUAGUCAGUACAAUUGGGGAGUAAUAUUACGUGAAAAAUGACCUUUUAUAUUCUGACUUGAAAUAAGCAUAAUUCACAUUUCUAUUAAUUUUAUUAGAAAGUUUCCCCCCUUUUAAGUUGUUUGGAAGCUAAACAUGCUACAUUUUCAACAAGCUAAUUUACAUAACCACAAGAUAAAAUAAUUAAUUUCCAAUAGCAAGUUACAAUGAUGUAAAAUAGAUAUUUAGGUACAUGUGUAUGCUACCUAGUGGCGAGUAAGGCGAUAACGUUGCCACUCGCUUUCGUCAACUAUGAUGCUACCAGUUAGCUUAGCAUGAACAAAAUCUGGGAGAAGUCUUAGCUAGACAUUUGUCUUUGGUUUUUAUAGUUUACACAAAUUUAACACUUUAGAAGUUUUUUUUUUAAUGGUUGUUGUUACCUUUUAUAGUGUAGCCUGGAUGCUAAGCGAAUCCAAAGUGUAUAGCUUCAUAUUUACAGUGCCAACAGGAACGUACCAUCUCUGUGCCUUUAAGAGCCUCACGCUGUUGGCUGUUUUGGAAUAAAGCCACCAGUUAAAGUUUUGGAAGAGUGGGGGUUGAAAAAAUCAAAUAAAGCGCUUACUAACCUUGAAUAAAGCGGAAGCUGAACAUAAUGUAUCUGCAAAGGUACAACAUGUUAGCAACACUUCAACUUCCCUGUUGCAGUACUUGAACAAGCUAAAACAAGUAGUUUUAAUUCAUAUAUCUUUAUAAUAUGAAGUAUAGUGUAUCCUCGUUUUAUCCAUGUACAUUGUUACCAUUAUAUUUUUGUAACAUUUUGUUAUGUACUUUUUUUUUCCCUCAAACUGUUUUGCAUUUUGUUUGUAGUUGGCUGCUAUCCUAAAAAAGUACUUUGUACAAGUGAACCAGGUAUGGAGGACAACAGUGUUUCAUUUGACCAUUUUCGAAACAAUGCAUUAGAAGGUUUGUAAUUACAUCGGAAUUGAAGCCAUAUACUAUAUCAAUAAAACAACUUGUAACAAAAAAAA